GGCUGACAUCUGCAGCUCCAAGCAUGACUUGAUUUCUGGGGUAUUGAACUUGUCGCGCAUUCAAUCCGCCAUGACUAUGGACAGCUCGACGGUAAAGCUCGCCGAGCUGCUCCGGCAUCCAGACGAUCUGGACAAGAUCUCCGCCAUGAAGCUCGAAUACACACGGAAAAAGGCAGCGGUCGAUUCGCAGCUUCGCAGCGGGCUCAAGGAGCAAUUGGAAGUCACACAAUCUGGGAUGAAUGGGAUUACAGAUGGGCAACGGACGGUCCAACUCAUCAAGGAGGAGAUGAUGAAGAUUGAUAAGCUAUGCGCCGAUGCGCAGAACAUGAUCCUCGAUUUCCCAAAUAUCAAUCUGGUUUCGCAGACACAGAAGAAUUUCACUGCAGUGGGGAAUAUGCGGCAGAAUCUGGAUAGCUUCAAUGACCGUUUGAGUCAGGUGGAAGCGAUGUUGAGGGAGGACGAUCAGGAUCCGGAGAAUAUGCCGAAUUUACUGGCUAUCCAUUACGAAUUGACACAGUUGAGGAAUAUAAGGGACGAUGCCAUGGAGCAGAUUCAAAGAGCUGAUGACUCGGGCUUGGCAAGUACGUUGGAGGACUAUUUUUCACGGCUGGACGAGACUGUUGAUUGGUUUGACGAACACGUUGGGACAAUUGCUUUGAAUUUGAUCAACGUGCUUAUCAAUGGGAACAAUGGGCUGGUUGUCCGGCUAGCAGUCAUUAUUGAGGCAGAGGAGAAGAGUGAUAAAAGAGUCCUGGCGUUGCAAGAGGCGUUGAAGGACCAUAAGGAAAUGGCGACACGAUUUCAAAGCAUCACGGAUGGCGCCAGGCAGGUCAGAGGAUACAAGGAGAAAUUCUUGCAGGCGAUACAGGUCCAUGCGGACGAGCAGAUUCUCCAAACUAAACAAGAAUUCUUGGAUGAUCCCUCGAAGUUGGAGAAAAGUUUGAGAUGGUACUUCAACGACCUCAACGCUGUGAAGCAAGGAAUGGUGCCUCUCAUGCCGAGGAAAUGGAAGAUCUUGAGAACCUACGGUAAAAUAUACCAUAAGGUCAUGCACGACUUUCUCGUUGGCAUGAUCGAUGACCCACAGACGAGCUCUGCGAAUAUGCUGGCUAUUCUUAACUGGCCAGAGAAGUACUACGCAAAAAUGAAAAAGAUUGGGUUUGAGGAAGAGGAAUUAGUUCCCCAGGUUAUUGAUGGCCGGGAGCCUGAAAUGGUCCGCGAAUUCCGUCAACUCAUCAUUCGCUUCCUCGAUGAAUGGCUUGGCAGAAUAUCCACGGCAGAGAAGAAGGAUUUCGCUGAACGAAAUGUCGAGGGUUCGAACCUAGAUGCGGAUGAAUACGGUUAUUUCCGAACAAAGAACCUAGUUGACAUGUGGCGAAUGUUGCAAGAGCAGGUAGAUGCAGCAGGGAACUCGCAACGGAUGGAUGUAACAGAAGGUGUUGUCGAUGCAAUGAUUCUUCGGCUCAAGUCCCGGCAACAAGCAUGGCAGAGAAUGCUAGAUGAUGAGGCGGCCAGGUAUAGUAGCAACAACCCUGAUCUAGAGGGAUUCCAACCUCUUCAGGAUUGGCUUGUUGCUAUAGCAAACGAUCAGAUUGCCUGUAUCGACGACAAUGAGGAAGAAGGUCGGUUUGCGUACCUAACCAGCUUUCGGCAGAAAUUUGAAACCUUGGUAUCAGCACCGUACCUGGAGAGAGCGGAUGUCGAAAUAACCACCCUGCGUGAUGGCUAUGUCGAUCUCAGCACACAUUGCAUCGCAAAGUUUGCGCAGUUAAUCUUCAUAGUCGAUUUCCGGAAUGUCAUGCCGGACUUCUUCACGCCGAAGUGGUAUGGCACUACAGCCAUGAAGCAGAUGACUGUGACGUUCGAGGAAUAUGUCGGCGAUUAUAGAGACGUCAUGCACCAUUCGCUCCUCGACAUCUUCGUAGAAGAACUUGCGGAUGAGCUCCUUGUCCGCUAUCUAUCCAGCGUCAAGAACAAGGGUGCAAAAUUCAGGCGACAGGAUCCUUUCAAAGACAAGCUUUUCAACGACGUUUCAACAGCAUUUGAAUUUUUUACCAACAGCGCUUACCUGAGUCCGGAUGUCAGCGAUGUAAUUAAGCAGAAAUGGAGGGUUACAGAACGGUUCCUCCAGUUGAUUGAGUCGGAUAAGUCCGCUGUGCCGGAUGUCUUUGCUGCUUUCAAAACGGAUUAUUGGGACUUGCAGCUUAGUUGGGUGGAAGCUGUGUUGAGGGCCAGAGAUGAUUUUGAUAGGAGUCUUUUGAGUGCAGUGAAAGCCAGAGCAGGGCAGAUUGAAGUUCCAAGAGGGGUGGAGACGAUUAUGAGCAAGGUCAAGUAGCUCCGGAUUUGAUGUGGGAGCAUAGGGUCAGCGUGGCGUUAAGGGGCAAUCUGGCGCAUACGGAAGAUCAUUCGCGCUGUAUAAUAGAGUAAUGCUUGGCCAUCUCAGAUUCCAUCAAGAAUAGUUAUUCGAUAUCCAAU